AUGGCCCUCACCUUCACAGCCAGAAAGCGCCUUGUCCGCUCGCUAUGGGAUUUCCAACCAGCUACUAUCCAUCGAUCUAUAUCCACAACGAACUUCCUAAACUCUCGCCAAACGGGACCAGCUUCCCACGCGCAUUAUAAGGCUGAUUCGAAAUGGCUUUCUACGACGAAAGAUCGCCUCGGGAAAUGCAUGCAGUUUGGACUGCAACCCGAGCAAGUGCGCGUGGCAGGAAAUAUCUUGCAGGAACUGGCUAGAGACUGGCGGGAACUCGUUGCAGGCAGCGAGGGCUUUCUCACUGGGGAGGAUCGGCUGGGGUUAUUCCGGCACAAUGUUGUUUGGGGAGAGAUGGACGUGAUGCAAACGCUCCGUCCUAAUAUGCUGGAUUGUCCUGUUUCAAGGACAUGUCAACAACGUGAUCAUUGUUCCACGAUGGCGCCAAACUUCGCCGAACCUUCACUGCGCAGGAUAGCUGAUUUGUUCGUUGCAUUACCACAGCCGAUGACAUAUCCAGAUAGAAUUAGUGUCUAUCAUAAGCUUGUCCACGGACCCCCUUCGCCAACGUCACCCAACCCGAAUGCCUACUCCGGUUUGAUAUUCGACGUCAUGAUCUUAUCAGAGGAGAAACAGCGCGCAGCGGCGCGGUGCCACGAAGAUGUCGUACUUUACGACUAUAGAGUCGGGCGUAAGGUCUCCGAACUCCCACAAUUCAUGAUAGAUCAGUUUAGACAUACUUGGUCGCUUCAACAAGAGGCGAAGAGGGCCAACAGGCUCAAGAUCCAAGACAUUGAGACUCGGCUAAGAGCGUUGGAGCAAGCAAGUUGGGAUCGAGAAGGCGCUGUUGAGGAUAUGGGCUUUGCCGCAAAAGUAUAA